AAGCAGGAAGCAAGUUUUUCAUUUCUAAGAGAGAGUUACAACAGCAGAGCCAGAAAACACAUAGCAUUUCAUAUAGUAAUGGAUACUGAUGUCCCUGUGCAGACAAAGGAAUGGAAGAACACCAAGGAGGCGGUUGCCAACUUUCGACGACUGCUACUUUGUUCCAAAUGCUCAAAUUUAAUGAAGGAUCCUGUGUGUCUAGGAACGUGCGAGCAUAUGCUGUGCAGGUUCUGUGCUGGCCCCCAGGCAGGAGAUGGCUGCGUGGUGUGUCACAGCCCUGCGUGGGUGAAGGACAUCCAAAUCAACAGGCAGCUCAGUAGCAUCACACAGCUCUUCUGCAGUCUGGAGUCCCUGCUCAGUCCCAUAGAACAACCAGACUCCCCUCCAGCCGAGACUCAAACACAACCCGAGAGCCUUGUCAUUGGACAAAAGAAGAACUUCAAGAUCUGGUUCAGCCCCCGCAGCCGCAAAGUACGCUGCAUCGUGGAGAAGCCUUCACAGGCCACCGUACCGGAGAGCAGGUCUUCCGGAGAUACAGCUACAACACAGCCAGACACCAUUACAGUUCAACGUCAGGACUUGUCAGUUUUCAAUUUCAUCUCGUCCUCUCAUUCCGGCUCUUCUUGUUCUCAAAGAUGCGAACAUGAAAGCAGAUCCAGGAAGAAGAGGUCGGCUAAGAAAAAUGCUGCCAGCAAGAAGGUGUCGGUGCGAGGAGCCCCUAGGACCACACGAAAACAGACCAAGCAGAAGAUGAAGAAGAAUAGGCUGGAUGCCAUAAACCAGCAAUGGGGGAUCACCGAGGAGGUAGAUGCCUUAAAAGAAAAGGAGCAGUUCUGUGCUGAAGGGGCAAGGAGGUCCAGUAAAAGGGUUUCUUUCUUAAGCCCUGAUGUCACAUCUGACGAGACUCAGCCUGACUUGCCACAGAGGAGUACUAAUGAACUCAGCCCUGGCAGCAGCACCAUGAGGGAGAGUCUCUCAGGAAGCGGCGUCACUGUACUGAAUGACCAAACCCAGCCUGGUCAGAGCAUGUCAGACAGCGUCCUCCCGCAUGACAAAUUGUCUGCAAAUGACCCCAUCCCAUCUGACAAUCUUGAAAAACAGAACAACCUAUCUCCCUCAAAACAUUCCUCAAAAAGAGCCAGAAUGGAGGACAAGGUCGCCACAUUGGAGACCACGCCAAAAAGGCCCAGGGCUUCCCCAGGCAGGAAGAGAAAAUCACAGAUGUCUCCAGCUGUCCUUAACCCCCUGUCUUCGACUAGCCCCAGGUGUGAAAAGAGCAUCAAAACCUCAAGAGAAGGAGACAGCCCCACUGUUGGUAGAAAAUCUCCCUGUACUGGCCGUGCGUCUGUUGGACAGGCCACCUCGGGGAGCCCUGCAGUUAUGAAGAGGAACCACAAGGGAGAGACCCUGCUGCAUCUAGCUGCUAUAAAGGGAGAUGUUGAGGCUGUCAAGGAACUGCUGGACCAAGGGGCUGACCCUAACCUGAAGGAUAAUGCUGGGUGGACACCCCUGCACGAAGCGUGCAACCUUGGUCACCUGGCGGUUGUGGAGAUGUUGGUCUCGAGUGGAGCCCUCUUGAAUACACCUGGCUAUGAAAAUGACUCACCACUCCAUGACGCAGUGAGGAAUGGUCACCCAGCCAUCGUCAAACUGCUGCUGAAGCUUGGAGCCUCGCAGAACGUGCUAAAUCUGUAUGGAAAACGGCCUGCAGAUUACACAGCGAGUCUGGAGAUGCUGGAGAUUUUCCAGGAAGCCUCGGAAGGAGCCCAAUAUGCUAAUACAUCUCUUAGCCCUUCAGCCAGUCUCUCUGUGGUGAGCGACUGUGUGAGGAGGGAUGAAACUAUGGUGUUUCUGGCCAGCAAGCUGUCGCAGCCAGAACAGCAUCAACUGGCCAAACUGGGAGAGCUCCUGGGAGGGAAGAUUGCUGACACCUUCUCUGGCUCAGUGAGCCAUGUCAUGGUGCCAGAAGGACACAUGCCCACCACCUACUCUACCCUCCUGGGUCUUCUUGCUGGCUGCUGGGUUGUCAAAUUCAGCUGGGUGGAGGCAUGUCUGCAGGCAGGCAAGUGGAUGCCCGAAAUUGAGCACGAAGCGGGAGAAGGCCCCCAGCGCAGUCGCAUCAACAGAUGUAGCUUGCUCCCACCACUCUUCGAUGGCUGUUUCUUCUUCCUCCUUGGCUCCUUUAAGGCGCCUUCUAAAGACGAACUUACCAAGCUGCUCCGGGAGGGGGGAGGCCAACUCCUGGCCCGGCAGCCCAAGCCUGACAGCGAUGUGACACAAACCCUGAGUGCUGCUUCCUACCACGCACUGCCAGGCUCCGACCAGGCCCUCUGCACCCAGUACAUCAUCUUUGACCCCCAGGGGCCUCACAAACCGACAGUAGUGAGGCGAGGUAAGGUGUGGUCAGCUCCCUCCACCUGGCUCAUCAACUGCAUCACAGCCUUCCGCCUCCUCCCCGUGCCGGACCCUCAAAUGUUGGUCUGAAUAAUUUUUUCUUACGUUACAUUAAUAACUGAAUAAUAACUGAGUUAUUACUAAUGUGUUUUUUUGUUUUUUUAAUAUUGAUCAAGUUGACACAAAUUACUAAAACAAUAAUGUGACUUAAAAUCUAAAAUUAAAGUGGUAAUCUGCA